GUACACAAUUGCAAAUUGUUUCAAUUUUAGUGGCUCAACAAACCCCCCCACCCCCCUUUUUCUAAUUUAUUUAUGUCAUAACCAUAUUUGAGGUUUAGCAUCAUUAUACAUAAUAGGCCUUCAGCUGCAUUUAUCAGUUACUUAUCACCCUCUCAAGUCUCAAGUACAAGAUUUGGAGAGAGGAAAAAACCUUCUGGUCCUUCUAUUGGAAACGUGGGGGAUUUUUCUUUGUUUUUUUCCAAUUUCUGUGAGAUAGGAACAAGCAUUCACAUAGGGCAUGUCUUGAAUAGUCAAAUUUCACUUCCAAUUGUAGUGCUAUAAAUUAAGGGGUUGGUUUGGUUGCAUUUGUUGUUGUCUGGGUUUGGUGUUUGAUUUUUGAGGAUUCUUAAUGUCUUUUUCUGCUGCAUAUCCUGUCUAUGAGGUUGCAAAGGAUGCAGCUGGAGUCGCAGGGAAUAUCUUUGCUUUUGGGUUGUUUGUAUCUCCCAUACCUACAUUUAGGAGAAAUAUCAGAAAUGGGUCAACUAAAAUAUUCUCAGGAUUGUCGUAUAUUUACUCUCUCAUGAACUGCUUGAUCUGCAUGUGGUAUGGCACGCCUCUGAUAUCGCCCGAUAAUUUGUUGGUAACGACGGUUUAUUCGAUCGGAGCAGUGUUUCAGUUUGUGUACAUAAUUAUCUUCCUUGUGUAUGCUGAGAAAUUAAAAAAGGUGAGAAUGUUUGGACUAUUGCUGGCAGUUAUCGGCAUUUUUGAUUUAGUUGGGAGCUUGCAAGUAAUUGAUAGUCACACGCGAAUCCUGGUUGAAUUCUUGAGCUGUGCUUCCCUCAUUUCAAUGUUUGCCUCACCUUUGUUUAAAAUUACAAAAGAGUGUCGAAUUCAUGCCGUUUUAUCUCUGGCUCUCCACCUUCCUAAUGAGCCCCUCCUUUUUGGUUUAUGGAUUGCUCAAUGAGGACCUCUUCAUUUAUGUAUGCCAACUGUGGUAGGCCUCAGCUGCGACUUGUCCUCUUUAACUGCAAGAAUUUGCGUGGAUGGCAAAGGUCAGAAGAUUUCAACAAGACAAAUGAUACUGACAAUUAACUGUCACUACCUCUUUUUUGUUGUCUCUCUUUGCAAAUCUGGAAUUAGCCAAAUUUGACUUGCAUGCCUAGUUCUCCAUCCAUUUUCAAGUUGGAGUUCGGACUGUGCA